AUGAAUCAAUGGCGUAACAUUUGGAUUCUAGUGGAUUAUCCAUCGCGUGCUUCUGUCGAUAGUUGCCUCCAAGCGAGGCCUCCCUUCCUGCUAGCUGCCUUCUCCCCUGUGAAGCCACCGGCCGGAGACCGUCUCACCCUCACAGAAACACCGGAGAGCGUCGACCCCACAGCUAGAGAUAAAAGGCAUGGAUCCCGAUUCAGUUAA